AUGAGGCUCACCGCGCUCCCUCUCUUGAUACUCUGCGGGUGCGCCCGCGCGCUGCACUCGUACGAGGUCGGCGUCACCGACUGGCACAAGGCCCUCGCUGGCGUCCCACUCACCCAGUCCGCGGCCACCGCGCCGGUCUUCCACCGGCGUACGCUCGCGAACGGCGGUUCAAGCAGUGUGGUGCUCACCGCGACGGAGAGUAACGUUCUCGCGGCGGUGCACUCGGCGAACGGUUCUUUGGCGUGGCGCCAUCUCUUCGAUGAUGAUGAUCAUAUACUGGGAUUCAAAAGACAUGACGAUGUUGUCGCGACACUGUCUGGUCCAGGAGGAGCUCAUCUCCGCACAUUUGAUCCUUCUACCGGCCACUUGCUGUUCGAGAACAAGCUGCAUGCUCCGGACGCUGGUCUCCUUGAACAGCCUGAAGACCUCGGCACGGCGGUCACGUUUGACAGCGAAGGCAAAGACAUUUACGUCCUCUCCAAUGGGCACAUCUUGCGCCGGUUCGACCGCCAUGCCGGGACGCUAACGUGGGGAUGGACUGCUCCUGACCAGACAUCAUCCGUCAUCUAUUCUAAGAUAUUUGUGACGCCCGAAACCGUCUAUCUCCUCGGACUCACUAAGUCCUUCGCGUCGUACCAGCUACACGUUGCUUCACUAUCCACAGAGACGGGCGAGCUCAUCCAAUCUGGCGACUACCCUACCAAUCUACCCACUGGGCUCUCACAGGUCUUCGUGCUGUCCCACCACGCGGUUCCCGACAUCCCUCCCAGAGUUGUCAUGCUCGAAGAUAACACUAUCAAGUCCUUCCCGCUGGUUCCCGAUCUCAAAACGAAGCUUACUCCUGUGAAGGGUUCUUACAAGAGCAUCCAAGAUGUCGGGGUCGCUGGGCACGGGCAAUUUAUUGCAACCGCCGAGGACGGCACUGGGUGUGUUCUCGGUCUCAACAAGUUGAGUUUGAACGUCAUCUGGCAAUUCUCGGACUCUUCGACAUCUCCAACGCGCUCCGGGUCUCUGUAUGCGGGUGGUGUCGACAUCGAUGGAAAUCCGUACAUUGCACGCGUCUUCUGGCUUCACACACUGAAGGCAAGCCGUAUGCUUGCCUCUUCCCAUGUAUUCGCAUCGCACCUUGCGAAUGGCAAGGGUCUCGUCACUGGUUAUACGUUCCCAUUCCAAACGGGCGAUCAUGGCAUAAUCAAACAUAUUGCAGUCGAGACCGCUAAUCCUGAAGAAUUCAAGGUCCUCUCGAGGCUGGUUCUGACCACAACAACCGGGGCGGUCCAGCUAUGGCAGCAAGACCAGAUGCAGUGGUCGCGCGAAGAGGGUCUUUCUGAUAUUCGGAUUGCCGAGCUCGUCGAACUCCCCGAACGCAAGGUCGCGGCCCAAGUCGAUCUGGAGCAAGACAUCUUCAGUACUCGCCUUGCGCGACAACUGCUUGACGCUCAGGACUUCCCGCAAUACGCCGUUAACUUUGUGCGCCGAUUCGUUACGGGCUCGUACGCAUCCGUGAGCGCGCCUGUCGCGGCGCCCGUGAAUGUGUCCGAGCCCCUAUCGCGCGAUACCUUCGGCUUCAGGAAAGUCAUCGUAGCGGCCACUGGGCAUGGGAAGGUGUACGGUCUCGAUUCAGCGAAUGGAGCCAUUAUGUGGAGCCGUGUGUUUGGACUGGGGUGGGCGGCUAAGGUCGGGGGGAAGAUCAUCCCUGCGAAGUCGUUCAUCAUCCGGACGGCGAGCGAUGGAGAAGGAGAGGCUCCCCAGGUCGCAAUCGUUACUCAGCGCAAGGCCAGUAACGGCCUCGUUGAUACCGUGCUUUUCCACAUCGAUGCACUUACGGGCCGCGAUGCAAGAGCCGACGGGACGCACGAGGACCUUCUCAACGGUCAUGAUAUCGUGUCAGGACCGCUCGUCGAGGUCUACUCGCUCAAGACCGAGUCUGCACGGGUUAUCGUGCACCUUGACGAGUUCCUCCAGGUCCACCUGUACCCCAACACAGACGAGGCACGCCUUGCCUUCGAGAACGUCGCCGAGAGCCUUCGCAUUCCCCUCCGAACAGGCCCCCCAGGCCAGCGCCAGCUUACCGGUCAUCAGGUCCCGCCGAAGGACGUGCGCUACCUCUUCUCGCGCCCCACCGACCAGCCCGUCGCCUCGCUGGGCAAGGUGCUCGGUAAUCGCACGACGCUGUACAAGUACCUCAACCCAAACCUCGUGGGUGUCGUCACUGGACCCGCGGCUGGCGCUCCGCGCUCUGACAGGACAGCCUGCGCGCUGUACCUCGUUGACGGUGCCAAGGGCACGGUCAUCUACCACACGGUGCUACCGGCGGCCGAUGGCGAGUGCACAGUUCAAGCGACGCUGGUGGAAAACUGGCUUGUGUAUCACUACUACGAUCCUGAGGUCGGGGUGAAUCAGGCGAAGACCUGGCGCAUGGUGUCGGUCGAGCUGUACGAGGGGAAUGGGCCAGACGACAAGAUAAAGAGCUCGGAUCUAUCUUCGUUCAGCAACGAGACAAUGUCCCGUUCAUCUUUUCCCCGUGGGAUCCGCACCGUUGCGUCCACGUCAACGACCUACGGCAUCACGAUCAAGGAUCUUAUCAUCGCGAACCAGAACAACCAGGUCCAGGUCCUGCAACGGCGCUUCCUCGACCCUCGGAGACCAAAACAAAAGCCGACAGCCCAGGAGAUGGAAGAGUGGCUGAUCCAGUACGACCCAGUCCUCCCCGACGACCCGAAGCGCGUUCUAUCCCACAACUACCAGGUCGCGAAGGUGCGCAAGAUCGUGACGUCACCGGCGCUCCUUGAGUCGACGUCGCUGGUGUUCGCGUACGGGCUCGACCUCUUCUUCUCGCGCGUCGCGCCAUCGAACACGUUCGACGUCCUCAGCGAGAGCUUCAACAAGACCCAGCUGGUCGUGACCAUCGCCGGCCUUGCGCUCGCGAUAGCGAUUGUGAAGCCGAUCGUCACGCGCAAGCGCCUGCGGGAACGGUGGUAUGACUGA